CAGACUGGUUGAAAACUUCUGGGUGGUAAUAAACCGUGGCGUAAAACCAACUGUGUGCCACCCUCCCAAAAAAACAAAAUACAAAUAAACAUACCCACCCUCCCUCUGUUUCAGGGAAGUGGCAACCCUAAAUUAGUUUCUGUUUUACAUGCUGUGUGUUUUCACAACCAGUCACCUUAGAGCAAAGUGUUAACUGUUAACAUUGUUGUGAUUAGUAUUAUGAUUGUGUGAUUGUGUUUGUGUUUCUCUUCAGGUUCCACAGUUUCCCACAUGGGAGCCAGUAGCUGAGAGCCAGCUUCCUCCUUCUACUAAAGUCUCUGUAGACCUUGUGGACAAGUUGGAGAGACUCGCUCUUGUGUCUGGAGAAAGUAAUUCGGUUCGCCGAUCAGCUCCAUGUGGUCGAUACAGAAGGUGUGGAACCGAUGGAUUCUGGAGGACAUGUAAGGGCGAAACCCAACAAAUUAUUUUGAUUGACAUGUAUGCAGUCAUUAAGAAGUGUAUAUGAUGGAGCUCAUCAUCAAAGUCCUGAGUGGAGAUACGCGGUCUGUGCACGUGAACCCGAGUGAUACCAUUGGUGAACUCAAGCAACAAAUCGCCCCGCUCUUUAAUGCAACACCUUCACAGCUGAGGCUUUCCAUAUCCAAUGGACAAAACCUGCAGCUCGACUGUGAUCAGAAGACGGUGAGAGAUUACGGCCUGAGCUCAGGAUCCACCGUGAUGCUGCUGAUCUUCGCGACACCUCCGCCGUUUCAGGUGUUCGUGAAGAACGAGAAGGGGCAGACGAGAACAUACGAUGUCACUGAUGAUGAAACCGUCGAUCAGUUGAUGAGGAAGAUCAGAUCAGAAGAGAGAACACCAAUCGACCAGCAGCGGCUGAUCUACAAUGGCCGACAGCUUGAGUCUGGAAAGAGGCUGCAGGAUUACAACAUUGUUACUGGAAGCACUAUUUACAUGACCCUCCGUCUGCGUGUAGGCUAAUGCGACAGAAACACAUGGAGAUUAUUUUAGACUUAUAUAUAUACUUUAACAUUUAGUACUUUUGAAAUAAUUUAUUAGCACAAGAAGCUUAAAUAAGUUAACAUUUAAACAUAUAAUGUAAUAUCACAUAAAAAUUAUUAAAUUUAUUUAUUUAUUUAAUUGAAAAAUUGUUAUGAUUUACUUUGUGAUGGUUCGUAAAAAUAUUAAAUUAUACUUUUAAUAAAUAAUUAUA